AUGGACGGCGCACAUCACCCGAUCAGCGUGGCGCUGCUCAACAUUGGGGCGUCGAUGCGCACACACUUCGUUGAGCUCACCGUCGCGCUCCUCGGUGGUGUGGCGGCGUACCUUCUGGCGAUGUACUUCAUGCAACCGGUGCGCAUGAAGCUGAUGGAGCGUGGCGUGUACGGCAUCGACAUCAACAAGACUACGGAGGAGCGGCGGCGGCGCAUCGCGGGGAGGCGGCUCGGAGAGAUGGACGACGCGGAGAAGCGGCUCAUCGUGCCGGAGUCCCUCGGCAUCCUCGCGGGUGCGGUGUACCUCUGCGUGGUGGUGGUGCAGAUGCUGGUCGUCUUCGGCCCGCUGGCGCGGCAGGUGGACGGCGCGGUGACAACCAUCACCGUGAUGCUUCUGCUGGGCUUCGUCGACGACGUGCUAGACUUGCGGUGGCGUCACAAGCUGCUGCUGUCGGCGAUCGGCUCGUUGCCGCUGGUGUUGACGUACGACGGCAGUGUCUCUGUCGCUGUGCCGCGCCCGCUGGUGCCGUACCUCCACACGUCGCUGGUGUAUCUUGGCUGCUUGUACCUCGUCUACUUAAGCAUGCUGUGCAUCUUCUGCACCAACAGCAUCAACAUCCUCGCCGGUGUCAAUGGCAUAGAGGUGGGGCAGAGCAUCAUAAUUGCACUCGCGUGUAUCCUGUACAACAUUCUGCAGCUGCGGCUUGAGAAGGAACCACACCGCAGCGGCGACAGCAGCGGGGGGUCGCUCCACCAACUAAUGGCAAUUGGGCUCCUGACGCCAUUUGUCGGUGUGAGCAUGGCGCUGUGGCGCUACAACCGAUACCCCGCCCGCAUCUUCGUUGGCGAUAGCUACACGUACUUCGCAGGGACCGUGCUCUCCGUUGCCGGGGUGACGGGGCUGUACAGCAAGACGCUGAUGCUGUUCUUCUUUCCGCAGAUUAUCAACUUUGUCAUCUCCCUCCCACAGCUGUUUCACAUUGUUCCGUGUCCGCGCCAUCGUGUGCCACGGUGGGACGCGAAGCGUGACAUCCUUCAAAACAGUCGAAACUACACGCUAUUGAAUGCCAUUCUGUGGCUGCGUGGGGACAUGCACGAGCGUCACUUGACCAAGGCAGUGCUGAAGGUGCAAGUAGGGUUCUGCGUUUUGGCAUUCUUGGCACGUUUUCUAUUGGCAUCAUACUUGUACGACCACGUGAACUGA